AUGGGAUUGAAAUUAGAUUGGGCCAGCGAAGGAGAGGAAGUGAGUCAAGUGACCAUACUCAUCGAUCAUGGUUGUCUUAACUUUGUUGGCCUGGUUCCUCAACGCGUGGGUUUUGAUCUGCAGCGAAUUCAAUACGCAAAAACGAAGUCAGAUUGUAUUGCUAAAGAAGAUGGAAGCUAUGACAAGAAAAAGAAGCAAGAAGAAAAAGCUGAAAGAAAGCGGUGUGCUGAAGAAGCGCAGCAAUCUACCAUGCCCAAUGGUGCAAGUGCUCAAAAUGGGGGCUCAACGGCCUCAUUCCGCCACGGGAACUCAAGUGCACAAGAAGCAGUUGCUCCAAACAAUAUACUCUUCAUAGAGAAUUUGCCCCAUGAAGCCACUAGCAUGAUGUUGGAGAUGCUUUUCCAACAGCAUCCAGGAUUUAGGGAAGUCCGAAUGAUUGUAGUGAAGCCAGGUAUCGCCUUUGUAGAAUUUGAAGACGACCAGCAGUCCUCCAUGGCAAUGCAGACCCUUCAGGGCUUCAAAAUCACUCCUCAGAACCCCAUGACCAUCACUUUUGCCAAGAAGUAAAGCAACCAAGCUCGGUGUACCAAUCUGACUAUUUUGAAA